AUGAAGGACUCCAAAUCGGACCCUCCGCCUCCGUAUUCAGCGGAGGCAUCUGUAUCCCGCACUCGUACUUCCUUAGGCCAAAUACGAUCGAUGGCCGACGCUCUUCUUCGUUCUAGAAUCUCCGGUAGUAGUAGCGGCGCAGACACCAAGACAUCAUCAUCAGCGGCUUCGUCAGUGCCCACCUACGAUUCCCGGAGCGGCACCCAACCGCGCUGCACGAUAGCCUCACGUCGCAUAAGCGAUGACUCUUCAACCCGCCUCUCCAUGCUCCGAUCGCCACCCAUGACCCCAUCAGCCACAUCCUCAACCUCAAGCACACGUGAAUGGGCUCGGCCCGUAACCGAUAGAAAGCUUCGACUCGACGAGCUCAAGAAGGAAAUCGAAUCCGCCUCCCAGCCUGCUAAGCGUUCUAAUGAUGGCCUAUUCAAGGCCGCGUACUCGACCGACAUCCUAUUCCUCAUUGAUACCACCAGCUCGAUGGCGCCCUAUAUCGAUGCGGCUAAAGAGCAGGUAAAGAACAUAAUGGAUGACAUACAGACCACGUUCUUGAAAGAAGCGGAAAUCCGAAUGGCCGUGGUAGGAUACAAGGAUCACCAGGAUAACCCCAACAUCCAGUUCCUUGACUUUACGACAUCUGUUGAUAAGGUCCACGCCUUCAUUAACAAGCUUAAGGCCAAAGGCGGAGGUACUGACCAUCCCGAGGAUGUCAUGGGAGGCCUGCAGCAGGUUGUCAACGCGAGUUGGAAGAACCAAACACGAUGCGUUUUCCAUAUAGGAGAUGCGCCGCCACAUGGCCGCCUCUUCAACACUAUCAACACCAGGGACAACUGGGACCAGCACGGCUCAGAACCUCAUGGGCUGACGUACAAGCCGCUGCUGAAGAAGAUGAUCAUGUUGAACCUCAACUACGCUCUGCUACGUAUUACUUCAUAUACUGACCUCAUGGCUUGGGAGUUCAUGAAGGAGUAUGCCGAUGCAAAUGCCAUUUGCAAAUUGCAUAAGCUGAACGCAAACUUUUCCAAGGAGUACCUCUCUGCGUCCUCUCAUUCCACCUCCCGUAUGCGAGGGAGCUCCGCCAAGAGUGGGCUGUCAUUCGAGGAGUCCGAGCUUGGUACAUCGUAUAGCUCGCUGCGGCAUUUGGUCGUCCAGAGCGUGGCCAGCUCCGCCUCACGUACUGCCGUGCGGAUGACUGACUCCAUCUCCAAAACCGGGGGCAAGAUGGACAGCACAGCACUGGCGUCUCACCCCACCAUUGCAGAGGAGGAUGAGGGCCCAAAGAAGGAAGUCGCAUCUGAGGAACUCAUCAUGGAGGAUGUACCACCACAGUGGGAUACAGCCGGUUGGCUGGACGAAACACUCAAUGUCGAGGGCUUCUCUCCCGAUGUUGUGAUGCAUGGAGCCCGUACAUUGAGUGACAUGAUGCUUCAUGAUGACCAUAUCGAGCUGAGCACCAUGGAACUUGGCGUUCGAAGACGGUCUAAGCCAUUCUCGCAGGGUGCACUCCGCGUUGCUGCUUACGCCCGCACCACGGCAUCAACCAACCACUUUGUGGUCAAGUCUUUCAAGAAAGAUGGCAGACAUCUUGCUCACCUUGCUGAGGAUAUGCGGUGCCAGGCACUAUGCAAAGCCUUUGCUCUGGAAUUCAACAAUCUAGUUGGCCCAGAACAUUCUAUUGACUUCAUCAUUACCACCUGUCUCCGGGGACAGUCGGACAACGGUGCUUUGCAAUACAUGUCUCUGGAACCGUAUAUCAAAGGCGACUAUGUCAAGUAUAACAAUAAUUCUGGGUACAUCAAUAAUGAUAUCCCAAAUGACGAGACCAACAAGGCAGCACAGGCAUUUUCCCAUUUCACAUUUGAGCGUUCCUGGGGUCAAAUUUUGGUCUGUGAUCUUCAGGGGGUCAAGGGUGUUUUGACUGACCCAGCAAUCCAUACAGCCAAUAAAGACCGGUUCAAGCUGGCGGAUACCAACUUAAAUAGGGAGGGUUUCAAAUUCUUCUUCUCAACACAUGUGUGCAAUGAAAUUUGCCAACAGCUUGAGCUCAUUAGCAACGCAGAGAUGGUGGUGUCAAACAGCUUCAAGUUCCGUGAGUUGUGGCCCGCAGUCGACAAUACCGUUUACUGCUCGAACAAGCUCUGCGGGAAGAUUGUUCCCACCGCAGGGGCCAGGAAGUCGGAUGAAUUCCCCCGCUGCCACUGGUGUGAGCAGUGUUGGCCGCAGCUUGAAUCUUCCAAGGUUCGCUGGAUGUGUCUGGCCCCAGGACCUGACCACGAGUUCAGCGUGUCUAGGUUCUAUUACGAGUCGCAGGGUCUCGCGAUGCCUCGCAAGUGCCCUGAACACAGAGAAGCGGAGGAGGCCGUUUCUAAGCCUGCAGCUGUCGGUGGAGCACUUUGGGCGAGGAUGAAUAACGCAUCUGCGAAGCAGAAGAAUAUCUCUGGGAGACAUUGGUAG